AUGGCCGAGAAGGUUGUCAAGGAGCCUGUCCCAGGCGUGGCCGAAGACAAGAAAACAUCCCUCCCAAAUCCCACUUUCGAGGAGAAGCUGGAUACAUGGAAUGGAAGUCGUACCAACUCAUACCGGUUCUUUGUAACCCUCUGGAGCUUCAUAAUCAUGGGCAUGAACGAUGCCGCCAUUGGUAUUGAAGCCUAUUACAAUGUCACAUACACCGUCGUCGCCCUGCUCUUUCUAUCCCCCUUUGUCGGCUACCUGAUGGCAGCCCUCUCGAACAACCUUAUCCACCACAAGCUCGGCCAACGGGGCGUCGCCGUUCUGGGUCCCGUCAGCCGUAUAAUCGGAUAUAUUCCUCUCGCCUUGCACCCUCCGUACCCGGCACUCCCCGUAGUUCUGCUUUUUGCCGGGUUCGGCAACGGCCUCGAGGACAGCGCCUGGAACGCCUGGGUAGGUAACAUGCAGAACGCCAACGAGCUGCUCGGGAUCCUCCACGGCGCCUACGGUCUAGGCGCCACCAUCGGUCCUCUUAUCGCAUCGGCCAUGGUGGCCAGGGGCCAGAAGCUGCCGUGGUAUACGUUUUACUAUGUAAUGAUCGGCGUGACGGUGGUUGAUUUUUUCGUUGCCAUCACGGCUUUCUGGAAAGCCACCGGCAAAGUCCACCGGGAGACUCACCAGUCUUCGACAGGCGAUGAGAGAACGACGACGAGGACGGUGUUGAAAGAACCCGUCACCUGGCUCCUGGCUGUUUUCCUACUGGGUUAUGUCGGAGCUGAGGUCAGCCUGGGUGGUUGGAUCGUCACAUUUAUGCUUCGUGUGCGGCAUGCCGAGCCUUUUCUGGCCGGUGUCACAGUGGUCUUGUUUUGGCUGGGACUCACGAUAGGCCGAGUGUUGCUGGGAUUCAUCACGGGGCGGAUUGGAGAGAAGCGCGCCAUCGCCAUCUACUUGCUCGUCUCCAUCGCGCUCGAGCUAUUCUACUGGCUGGUUCCGAACUUCGUUGCCUCCGUCAUAUUUGUCGCCCUUCUUGGGUUUUUCCUCGGACCCCUAUUUCCUGCUGCGAUCGUCGCCGCGACCAAACUGCUUCCCAACGACUACCACGUCAGCGCGAUUGGCUUUGCCGCCGCUUUUGGCGGUGGCGGUGCUGCCAUUUUCCCGUUCGCCAUCGGGGCCAUUGCGCAGAAGAAAGGCGUCCAGGUUUUGCAGCCCAUCAUCCUGGCCAUACUGGUGUUCAUCCUCCUGCUGUGGCUCUGUCUUCCUGGAGGCAUGCGGCGAGGCGGGCUCGAGAGGGCGAGAGAAAACAAAGAAGGCCUGGGCAUCGAUGUCAAGAACGUCUUCAGGUGGAUAGGCCGACGGCCCAGAAAGUCACCUUGA